CUCAUAUUUUAACAAAAUAGUAUGUUUUUAAAAUAAAAUUUUAUGUCUGUUUUAAAUAGUACAGCUUUUACGUUUUCUUCAUGUCUAUUUCCGGUGAUUCUAAAAGAAUGGAGUCUCAAAGAUCCCAUAACCAACUUCAUGUUAUUUUUCUUCCAUAUCCAACCCCUGGACAUAUGAUUCCAAUGAUAGACACUGCAAGACUAUUUGCCAAACAUGGUGUUAACGUUACCAUUAUCACCACACAUGCCAAUGCUUCAACCUUCCAAAGAUCCAUAGACAGUGACUUCAAUUCAGGAUACUCCAUCAAAACUCACCUCAUUCACUUCCCUUCAGCUCAAGUUGGUCUCCCUCAUGGUGUUGAAAAUAUCAAAGAUGCCACUUCCUUUGAAAUGUUUGGUAAAAUCAGUCGUGGAUUAUCGAUGCUCCAAGAUCCAAUUGAGCUUCUGUUUCAAGAUCUUCAACCCGAUUGCAUAGUCACUGAUAUGAUGCUUCCUUGGACUGUGGAAGCAGCUGCAAAACUAAACAUUCCAAGGCUUUACUAUUACAGCUCAAGCUAUUUCUCCAACUGUGCAUCUCAUUUUAUCAGAAAGUAUAGACCUCAUGAUGAUUUAGUUUCUGAUACACAAAAAUUUACUAUUCCUUGUUUGCCUCAUACCAUUGAGAUGACACCUUUGAUGCUAGCUGAUUGGAUUAGGACUAAGAACUCAGCAACAGGCUCUUUCGGUGCAAUAUUUGGCCCAAUAUUUGAAUCGGAGAAAAGAAGCUAUGGAACACUAUACAAUAGUUUUCAUGAACUUGAAAGUGAUUAUGAGAAACUUAAUAAAACUACAAUAGGAAUCAAAUCUUGGAGUGUGGGGCCAGUUUCAACUUGGAUUAACAAAGAUGAUGAUAAUAAUUCCAAUAGAGGAGACAUUGGAAAAGAGGGAGAAUUGUUAAAUUGGCUUAAUACUAAGCCAAAUGAGUCUGUUUUGUAUGUAAGUUUUGGAAGCCUUACUAGGCUUUCUCAUGAACAGAUUGUGGAAAUAGCCUAUGGACUUGAAAAUUCAAGUCAUAAUUUCAUUUGGGUUGUUAGAGAAAAGGAUAAAGAUGAGGAUGUAGAAGGUUUCUUACAAAGUUUUGAGGAAAGGAUGAAAGAAAGCAACAAGGGGUAUAUCAUAUGGAACUGGGCACCACAGCUUGUGAUAUUGGAUCACCCUGCAACAGGAGGGAUAGUUACUCACUGUGGUUGGAACUCAAUUCUUGAAAGCUUGAGUGUUGGUUUGCCAAUGAUCACAUGGCCUAUGUUUGGUGAGCAAUUUUACAAUGAGAAGUUGGUUGUUGAUGUUUUGAAAAUUGGAGUUUCUGUUGGAUCAAAAGUGAACAAGUUUUGGCUUAGCAUUGGUGAAGAUGUAGUGGUGAGAAGGGAAGAUAUUGCCAAGGCUGUUGAGAUUUUGAUGGGAAGUGGCCAAGAGAGCAAAGAAAUGAGGAUUAGAGCAAAAAAGCUUGGGGAUGCUUCCAAGAGGACUAUAGAGAAAGAUGGAGACUCUUACAACAACUUGAUUCAGUUGAUUGAUGAGCUGAAAUCAUUGAAAAAGUCUAAAGCAAAUGGUGAGAAAUAAGAUUAGGUAAUUGAAAUGAAUGAGUAAUCUUGGUACUUCAGGAAGUGUACUGCUAUGGUUAUAAAAGAAGUUAGUUUUUUUUUCUUGUUUUACUAAGCAAUUUUCAUAUUAAGCUAAGAGAAAGAUUUUAAGUAGAAUUCAAUUUUGUUGUUUACACUGUAAGGUUGUAACCAGAAUCAAAUAAACCUGACUCCAUUGGGGCAUUUCGUUGAACAACAUGUG